UAUUCCGCUCUGCAAUCAGAAAAUGUGUCAUUUCAUUACUAGAUAAGAAACCACACCAAAAACCCUCCUUCCCCAAUCACACCAACCAAAACCACCUCUUUUCCGGCAAUGGCCAACUUACGCACAGCAAUGGACGCUACGUUCUGGGACCUCAACGUCUCAACUCCGCAAGCCAUUGACGGCGUAGGCAGAGCUAUUCCAGGGGAUCCCAUACCCCUCGACGGUGCAAGGGCCAGCAGAGCCCUCCGAUUUCAGCAAAUUUCUCUCUUGGGAAACGGCUUCCCCUUGGGCAUCAUUCCGUCGUUCUCUCCUUCCAUCAAUCACAAGGAAUUGGGCUCUUUCGCGCUGCAGUCCCUUAUCGGCCGAGCUGCUAUCGGCAACUGGUGGCUUGGAUUAAUCGGGCAGUUUCGUCCAAAGAAGCUGAUUUCCUCUAUCAAAGCUGAAGUUUCUGCUGCGGAAGAGUGGGAGCUACCGUUGCUAAAAGAUGUUGGCAAGCAUUUCCUUGAUAAAUCACUCUACGCAUUAGGUCUAACCUCACAGAUUGCCCUCACACCCUCGUCAUCCGUAUUGCUGAGCACUGAAAAGCAUGGGGAAAGGAAGAAUCGACGCACCAAGGCAAUGCUCUUUCACAAGCUGCCGGAUCAUGAUAUCACUUUGGAAGCCGCAUGGCCAGAGCUUUUCAUAGACCGUAAAGGGAAAUAUUGGGAAGUUCCUGAAUCAAUAUCUUUGGACUGUUCAUCUCUUGUCACAGAAUCAGGAUUGCGAUACCGAUUCGGAUUACAUAAAAAUAGUGGCAGUCCACAAGCUGUUGAUUCAACUAAUACUGAAAGUCCCCUUGCCUUAUUGCCCGGAUUAUGUGCAAAAGCUGCCUUUUCUUAUGAGAAGUCAAAGGACUUGUGGAGGCAAAAGGAAACAAAAGAUGAUGUCGCGGUCGAGACAGAAAAUGGUCAGGUUUGGCACCCCACGUAUGAUGUCCGUCUCAAGGACCCACACGCAGCAAUAUCUGGAAUUAUAGGGGGUACUUGUGAGGCGUGGCUACGUGGUGACUUCAACCAAAGUUCUUCUGGAACCCAGAGGAGAGGCCGUUUUGGGGCUGAUUUAUUUGGCUCCCUAUGCUACACUUUCCAACACGGGAGAUUCAGAAAUAACUUUGGAGACCUCUCCAGAAUAGACACUCGCUUGGAUAUUGCCUCGGCUUCAGCUGUAGCCAGAAAGGUGGUUAACCUUUUCAGCAGUGCAGAAAGUAAUCAAUCCCUAAAUGAAUUGUCCUCCCCCAGACUCAGUUUCAUUUUUCAGCAGCAGUUGGCCGGUCCCAUUGUUUUCCGGGUGGAUUCAAAGUUCUCGAUUGGGUCGUUGUCUAGCAAGCAGGGCCCACAGCUGGAGGAUCUAAUAUACAGCUUGAACUACAGCCUGAGACUCCUGGGGUCUGGGAAGGUGGUGGCCUGGUUCUCUCCGAAACGAAAAGAGGGGAUGGUUGAGCUUCGACUGUUUGAGUUUUAAGCUUUGGUAACAUUUUAAGUUUUGCACCAAGUAAAAUUAGUUAGUUUUUGCCCUCGUCUGUGUCUUUAUGCAGUGACAAAUGUUGGCACACUAAAAGUUCAUUACAUAUAAUUUAUUUUCAUGCAAAAGAGUAUUGAAGUUAUUAAGAGGAAUCA